AUGGCUUCAGCAGAUCCAAAUGAUCUUUCCAAAAUGUGGAAACUUUCACUGUAUGAAUUGCAUAGAUCUCCUCAGGAACCUAUUACAGACAACACCGAAAUUGCAGUAUCACCACGAAGUAUACAUAAUGAACUAAUGUGUCCAAUAUGUUUGGAUGUUUUGAAAAAAACAAUGACUACUAAAGAAUGUCUCCAUAGAUUCUGCUCAAACUGCAUUGUGACUGCUCUUCGUUCAGGUAAUAAAGAAUGUCCUACUUGUCGUAAGAAACUAGUAUCCAAACGAUCCCUACGUGCUGAUCCAAAUUUUGAUCUUAUUAUAUCUAAGAUAUAUCCUAAUCUUGAUGAAUACGAAGCACACCAAACUAGAGUAUUGGAAAACUUAAAUAAGAGUCACAAUCAGGCCAAUUUAGUUCAGUCAAUGAACGAAGGUAUUAGAUUACAAAAUCAAAAUCGACAACAACGAACCAAAAAGAACAAAAGUGAAGAGCUAAAUGAAAGUAACUCAUCAACUGCUUCAAAACCUUCAAAUAGUUCAAGUCAAGAUAAUGUAAUGAGAACAAUGGUACAAACAAAAGUGGCAAAAAAGAUGAAGUCUGUUAUGAUCUCAGAAAAAGAAGGAUCCGCUUUAACUGUUGACACCUUGGAUACAACAGAAUGUGAUAGCACAUCAAAAAGUGUGCCAGUAGAUGAAAUAGAACUAGUAUUAAAACCUCAUCCUGCAGUAAUGGUCGGUGAUAAUCCAUUUGUCGGAGUUUUGAAAGAAAAUUCUGUACGUUAUAUAAAAACAACAGCUAACGCAACUGUUGAUCAUUUGAAUAAGUACUUAGCUAUGAGAUUGGCAAUAGACUUUGGCUCAGAUCUUCCGGAACGAGCUCUCAGUUUUAUGAUUUAUGUUGCACCCACUGCAGAUCAACUUGUUCCUCUCAAAGGCAAUCAAACACUUCGAAAUGUACAGGAUAAGUUUUGGAAAGUAAACAACCCGCUGGAAAUGUUUUACUCUUUUGCAUAA